AUCGGCCUCUUGGCCUGUUUGUUUCUCAUCCGCGGCGGCGACGGCGCUGCCUCGUUGGACGCCGCCGACGAGAUCAUCGUUUGAUGGAGCCACGUCCUCGGGGCAUUGGCGAGUUUCCGCCGGAUUAUGUUUCAGAAGUUUCUUUGACAAGAGAAGCAGUAGCUUUCAGAUGUGACAAAAGAAACAGCAGCUUUCAGAUGUGACCCUAAUGAUUGCAUCUAUCCGAUAGCUAUGGGAAUGGUUGAAGUAGAAUCAACAUUCUCAUGGGAGUGGUUUCUGACAACAGUAAAAAAUGAUUUGAACAUUGUGAACACUUCUCCAUUCACCAUAAUGAGUGACAAACAGAAGGGCUUAAUAAAUGCUGUUGCAAAAGUGUUCCCAGAUUCAGAACACAGAUUCUGUGUUCGACAUCUAUAUCAAAAUUUUCAUAUGCUUUUCAAAGGUGAAACUUUGAAAAAUGAUCUGUGGGCAAUUGCAAGAUCUACUAAUGAUACAAAGUUCAAAAUGAAUAGAGAAAAGCUGAGAGAGGACAGCCCUAGUGCUUAUGCUUGGUUGGAUGGUAAAGAUCCUACGCAAUGGGUGAAAGCUUUCUUUAGUGUUUUCCCUAAGUGCGAUAUCCUGCUUAACAAUAUGUCAGAAGUGUACAACAGCUACAUAUUAGAAGCAAGAGACUUUCCUGUCAUUUCAAUGAUGGAAUGCAUAAAGAGUAAGAUCACUGCAAGACAUGAGGGCAAACAAAGGCAAGCAGUAAAUAGUUGGAGCGGUAGGAUCUGCCCAAAGAUUAAGAAAAAAUUGGAGAAGGAAAUUGAGUUGUCUGCUAGCUGUUUUCCAAGUCAUUCUGGACUUGGAGUAUUUUCUGUGUUAUCAGGGAACAACACUUAUCUUGUGGAUAUUCAUGCAUGGACCUGUGAUUGCAGGAGAUGGCAACUGAGUGGUAUACCUUGCAGCCACUCAAUUGCAUGCUUUAGAGAAGAGAGGAUAGAUCCAGAAGAUAUGGUCCACAAGUGCUACACCAUAGAGACUUACCUGCAAGCAUAUGGCCACAAUGUAAUGCCUAUGAGAGACAGAGCUCAUUGGGAGCAAGUGGAUGGACCUUUCAUUCAUCCACCAGUGUAUAAGAAGAGGAUGGGAAGGCCACCAAAGAACAGGAAGAAAACACCUGAAGAAAAGCUUCAGAAGGAUGGCAGCAUUGCUCUGAACAAGAAAGGUGUUAGUAUGCAUUGCUCAAUUUGUGGGAAAGCAGAUCACAAUAAAAAGGGGCAUCAGAAGUUCAUGCAGAGAGAGAUGGAGAGGGAAGCGCAAGAGCAAGAAGAUGAAAUAGAAGAUCCUUCAAUUUUAAAUGACAUAAGGCCACAUGUGUUGGACUCAAGGAUGGAUCCUAUGCAUUUGCCUCUUAGCAUGGUUUACAGAAUGAGGGAAGAGGAGAGAGUCCAUGUCUCAAAUGUCAGACCCCUUGGUCCAUUGCCAGAAAUUGCAAGAUUUGUAGCUGAUGCCAGGGACUCCAUUCCUGAGAGAAGAUCAACUACUACUGCUACAACUAGGGGUAGGAUAAGGGGAAAAGGCAAAGCAAGGGCACUUGAUGAGGGAGAAACUAGUGCUUCACGCGGAGGCAAAACUAAGAGGGUGAGAAGAGGAUCAAGCAUUGCUACUGCAGGUCCAAGUAAUGCAGCAAGAGGAGGUACAAGAGGGCCAAGCAAUGCGGCAACAAGGGGUGGAAGAGGUGUUGCAAGAGGACCAAACAAUGCAACAAGAGGAGGUGAAAGAGUUGCUGCAACAUGGCCAACCUAUGCCGCAAGAGGUGGAAGAGGAGGUGCUGCAACAGGUGGAAGAGGAGGUGUUGCAUCAUCUACAUCUGCUGGAAAUGGCUGGUGGCAUCUACUGCUUGGACAAGAUGGAAACACAACAAACAGUGCUAUUCCAGACCUUAAUACAAAUGUGAUUCCAGAACUGAAUACCCAAGAAGUAAUAAAUGUGACCCAGAAUGCACCUAUUGGUCAUGUGGAGUAGGUUGUUAGCAAAGUUCAUGUGUGACUUUUUAAGCCCUUCCUUUUUUUCAUGUGUGAACUUUCUGUCAGAUUUAUCCCUUUUAGGUUUGAUCUUUAAGUAAGUGUUGUGAACUAUCAGUCAGUGUUGCUCUUUCAUUUCAGUCAGUCAAAAUACUGUGAACUUUUAGUAAGUGUUGCUGCAAAUAAAUGACGUACUGUUUGGUGUCCA